ACUUAAAGGACCACUGGUCACUAUUAUAUACCCCUCAAUGGUCCUAUCAGACCAUGGAAUUGAGGGAUGCUUUACAUUAUUUUAUGUUAUUCCAUUAAUAUUAAUAUUGUAUACACACACAUACAUUCAUACAUUCAUUCACACUGGCUAACUUUAUUGAAUGUCAUUAUAUCACUGUGAACCAUCCUGUCUGUAUACCAUUUUUUUAAUAGAUCAAAUCAUUAAUAUCUUUAUGCUUCAGUGGAUAUUUGGACCCAGGAACUCCAUACCACAAAAUUAUCCCUAUUUUCUUUGGCUUAUUAUUCAGUAGUAUAAACAAAGACUUCCUGUUUUAGAUUCUCUCAUAGGUUCACCAAAUACUUUACUCUCUUUUUGAACUCGUUUUUUUCUGGAUAUAUGACACAUUGACACAGACCAUAGUGAAAAGCUCUCAAAACCUGUGCUUGGUCUCAUACAGGUUUGAUGGGAACUUGAGAUUCAUCACUAAAAGAACAAAAAAAGAAGAUGAAAUCCUCUUCUCAACUGUCUCCAUGCAAUUUUUGGGUAGUUCUUACUUUUUUCGUAUCAUGGGUUCUUCUUCUGCAAAUCCCAUUCUCAUCUGCACAGCAGUUGUCACCACCAGAAAGAAGGAUACUUCUCCAGGUGCAGGACCUUCUGGAGUAUCCACAAGUUCUUCAAGAAUGGAACAAGUGGACAAACUUCUGCUCUGUCCAGCAGACCCCGUCUCUGGUGAUCACCUGUUCUGGAAAUCACAUUACAGAGCUCACCAUUGUUGGAAACACAACUUCCCCCCACCCUCCUCUCUCACAGAAAUUCUCCAUUGAUUCAUUCUUCACACUCCUCACCAAGCUCUCCAGCUUGAAGAGGCUGUCACUCAUAAACCUUGGGUUGACAGGAACCUUACCCACUAAGGUCAGCCGGUUUGUCGGUCUGGAGGUGUUAAACAUAAGCUCAAACCCAAUCCAUGGAAGCAUCCCUGAAUCCAUAGUCAAGUUCAAGAAACUGAAGAGCCUGGUUUUGAGUGACAACUUUUUCAAUGGGAGUGUCCCCGAUCUGAAGGGGUUGUCAGCACUAGAAGAGCUUGAUUUGAGUGGGAAUAGCCUAGGACCAGGUUUCCCUUCCUUGGGAAGCAACCUAGUUAAAGUUGUUCUGAGCAACAACUCUCUGCGGUCUGCAGUUCCAGAAGAGAUGGAAAAGAUGAAAAGUAUGGAAAUUUUGGAUCUUUAUGCCAACAACCUGGUUGGGUCAAUCCCAUCUUUCCUGUUUUCAUUGUCAUCAUUAAAGUACAUAAAUCUUGGAAGGAAUCAGUUCAGUGGAGAGCUUCCUGAUAGUGUUUCAUGCAGCAAAAGCCUUAACUUUGUGGACAUUUCUAACAACCUUCUAAUAGGGAAGCUCCCAGUUUGCCUCCAAGGAUCAUCAAACUCAGGAAAUCGGACCGUUAUCAGUCUAUGGAACUGUCUCGGUAAUACAACCUCAUCAAGGUUUUAUCAGCAUGCACAUUCUUUCUGUGCCGAGAAGGCAAUAGCUGUUAAUCCAAAUUCAAGAGGUGAGGAACACCAUGAAUCCUCCACAAUCAAGCUUGGGAUAGUUCUUGGUGUGGUUGGGGGAAUUGUGGCAGUUUUUAGCGCCAUUGGAUUCUUGGUCUUAGCCACUUACAGGAAAGUAUCUAGAAAAAGAGAUCAGGAGAAGAGUGGCAGUUUCACCUUCAACACUAACCCAUCCAGCCAUUUUGAUGGAGGGAAUUCGAGAAGGCCGACGAGGAUGGCGUCCAUAGGAUUGCCACCGUACAAUGUGUUCACACAGGAGGAAAUGGAGGAUGCAACCAACCACUUUGAUCCAUCCAAUCUUGUUGGAGAAGGAUCUCAGGGCCAGCAGGUGUAUAGAGGUAAGCUUAAAGAUGGAACAGGGGUCCUGGUCAACUGUCAGAAAUUAAUGCAGCAGAAGCAUUCAACACAAGUUCUUCAACAACACAUGGAUGCCAUAUUGAAGCUGAGGCAUAGGCAUUUGAUCAGUGUACUUGGUCACUCCCUUGUUACCUCCCAAGAACACCCUCCCACUGCAUCUACCACUCUGUUCAUAGUGCUCGAAAACAUUGCCGGUGCAUCCUCCCUAAAGGACCAGCUCACUGAUUGGAGAAAGAGGGAUGUUUUAAAAUGGCCUGAAAGAAUGGGAAUGGCAAUUGGGAUCACAAAGGGAAUCCAAUAUUUGCAUGCAGGAAGGGUCACUGGGAAUGACUUAAAACUUGAGAAUGUGUUGUUGGAUGAGACUCUAACUGCUAGGCUUUGCAACUUUAACAUUUCUCUCCCAUCCAAGAUUGUAUCUGAAAGUUCUCGCAAUGCACAUGAUCGGGAUCGUACCAGUUCAAAGAAUGCAGAACAAGAUGAUAUAUAUCAGCUAGGAGUCAUUCUGAUUGAACUAAUUAUUGGUAGACCAAUCACAUCUCAAGCUGAAGUAAAAGACCUUAAACAACAGAUAGAGACAUGCUUAGCAGAAUCUCCAGGAAAGCUGCGUGAUCUAACAGAUCCAUGCAUACGAAGUACAUUUGCACAUGAAUCUCUCAAAACAACUGUCCAGAUAGCAUUGAACUGCCUCAAUCAAGAACCGAGCAAGCGCCCGUCGAUUGAGGAUGUUCUUUGGCAUCUUCAAUACUCAAUUCAGGUUCAAGAAGGAUGGGGGUAACAGUGGAAACCUCAGUGGGAAGAUCAGCGGAAACCUAAGUGGGCAUGUUGUAACUAAACUUUGACAUUUUCAAACAUUGUAAUCUGUCUGUGAAAGGGUAUUGUGCAUGACAAACCACUAGCUAGCUGAAUAAUUGUGCUGAAAUGAAGUUGCAACAUAUCAUACAUUUAAGAUUUUAAACAAUUAUAUAUAAAUAUAAAUAUAUUUUUUGUACACACAUAUAUAUGUAUAUAUAGAACAUGGAUCAAAUAAAGAAGUUCUUAACGUUUGAAAAUGCGAACUGCACUUCUAC